GAACUCAUUUACAGGCGAAAAGGAGACAGAGGAGACCCGCAGGAGCCCAGGAGUUACCUCUCCUUCUCUGUUUCUGUGUUUUAUAAAGCGAGCGUGACCGAAUCGCCCGAACACGAGCGAGUUUUUAAUUCAAAGCGUCUGCAACCGGCAGGUUUUUCUCUCCGAGGCGUUUCUUUUUUAGAAAAAUCUCCCAACACGGAGCCGAACGAGGACGACGGACAACGACCCUCCCUCACUUCUGCAAUCAUGAUGUCGAUGAACAGCAAGCAACCUUUCAGUAUGCACCCAAUCCUCCACGAGCCCAAAUACACGCCUCUGCACUCCAGCUCGGAGGCCAUACGCAGGGCCUGUCUGCCCACACCAUCGCUUCAGGGGAACAUCUUCGCCGGCUUUGAUGAGACUUUGCUGCAGAGAGCCGAGGCUCUGGCCGCUGUGGACAUUGUGGCCCAGAAGAGCCAUCCGUUCAAACCAGACGCGACCUACCACACCAUGACCACCAUGACCAGCAUGACCUGCACCCCGACCUCCUCCUCCGCGCACCUGCACCACCCAUCGGUGCUCACCUCCCACCACCACCCGGCGCACCACCAACCUGCACAGGGCCUGGAGGGCGACCUGCUGGACCACCUCACACCCGGCAUCUCCCUGGGAGGCAUGCCCGGCUCGGACGUCUGCUCCACGGCCUCGCACACCGCCCACGCCGCCCACAUGUCGGCCAUCAACCACAUGCAGCACCACCACCAUCAACAGUCCAUGAACAUGCACCCGCACGCGCUGCCCCACAGCUCCCUGGGGUCCGGCGGCUUAGACUCGGAGCCCGAUCCCCGGGAGCUGGAGUCGUUCGCCGAGAGGUUCAAACAAAGGCGGAUCAAACUCGGGGUGACCCAGGCGGACGUGGGCUCGGCUCUAGCCAACCUUAAGAUCCCCGGUGUCGGGUGUCUGAGCCAGAGUACCAUCUGCAGGUUCGAGUCCCUGACGCUGUCGCACAACAACAUGGUGGCCCUUAAGCCGAUCCUGGAGGCCUGGCUGGAGGAAGCGGAGCGGGCGCAGAGGGAGAAGAUGUCCAAGCCGGAGAUCUUCAACGGGGGCGACAAAAAGAGGAAACGAACGUCAAUCGCGGCCCCGGAGAAGCGCUCCCUGGAGGCUUAUUUCGCCGUGCAGCCGAGGCCCUCGUCGGAGAAGAUCGCUGCAAUCGCCGAGAAACUGGACCUGAAAAAGAACGUGGUCCGGGUUUGGUUUUGCAAUCAGAGGCAAAAGCAGAAACGAAUGAAGUUUUCUGCGACGCACUAAGAGCUUGCGGGGAAACCUGCGGGUCUCUGCUCCGUUUACAAAAAGACAAAUCAGAGACAAGCUGCUGCUGCACACUGUCAGAAAAUAAAACAAGGUACACCGUUGUGCCUGUUGUGACUGGAGCUGGACCUGUUUGCCACACAGCCAGGGCCCUGUAGGCGCGCACUUAAAAUAAUAUACCAAUCUUAACAAGUCAUUUAAUCUCUUAACGAGUCGAUUUUCCCCUUAAAUAGCUCAUUAAGUGAUUUUUGUUUUCAAGAAUUCCUGAAAUGAAACCUCAUGGCUGAAUUCGUUACUUCUCUGACUAACUAAUGGACUAAAUGUCUUGUUAAGAUGAACUCCAGUGUUGUCCACCGUGCAAAGGAGCAGCAUCCACAGUCCUGUUUUUGCACCAGUGCCAGAAUCCCAGUUGUGGAAACUUUUUUUUUUCACAGAAAGUAUUCAACACAGGCAGCAGCGGUUUGCUUUAGGAAGCACAUAUGCGUCUCUGGAGUGUUUCAGCUGUAUUGUAGAGACGCUGAGAGGUUUGGAUGUUGGACACCUGACGACUAAUCUCCACUUAGUAUCACCGGGAACUGCUUUCAUUGUUUCUGGGAAGGUUCAGCCUCACGCAGCUUCACAAACAACCGGAUUCAACGGUGUACCUUUUUUUAAAAAAUAAAAAUCUGACAGUGGAGACGGAGCACCGGGACUGGGAGAAAGACUGAGACCCUGUCCAAAAACUUGAGACUCUCAAAUGUGUAUGCUUCUCCACAGAAUGCUCUCCGAGACACGGGAGAAGGUGAUCACCACGGUGGCAGAAAAAGAAGGGGAACAAUGCUCCGUCCCAUUCAUUCAUAUGGCAAUUAUUGUACAAAAAAAUACGCAUAAUAAUGACGGGAAUCGAAUUAGUCGGAAUAGCUUUUUUAUAUUUAUCAUUGUACAUAUUUGUGAAUAUGUUGCACCUCCUUGUGUGGAAAAAGCUCAUUGAAAUGUAGGCUAUUGAAUUUUCGCUGUCUUUUCUCCCAGGUGUUUGUUUCUGUCGGGAAUUCAGCAAGUUUUUGGGGAACAGAUCGCGCAAAGACGCGUAAACAUGUUGGUCUGUGGCUGAUUUAUGAGGCACAAUAACUACUGUAAUUGCAUGGUUGACUCGUGAGGGGGUGUUUUCUGUGCGUAAAUGGCUCCACAAAUAUGAAAACAACCCCCUCCAAAAAGUGACUGCAUUGCAAUAAGAAGAAGAGAGAGAGAGAGAGAGACACACACACACACACACACACAAAACACACGCACGAAUACACACAUUCACACGGUAUAGCUGUGUGGCUACCUCAUUACGCAAGUGUUGGCACGUUCAUGGUGAUUUAAAAACACACACACGCUAAAAAAAAAAAGACGAGUAGGUUCAUUUUUUGUUUGUUUUUUAAUGUGUUUUUAUUUAUUUUUCUUCCUCUUCCACCGGUUUAAUGGUGAAUUAGGCCUAUAGAGAACUCACUGAUGUGUAAACCUGUUGUAUGUUCAAGUUCACUGCAAGGAUGCUUUGACAAUCAAAUUAUUAUUACUAUUAUUAUUAUUAAGUUGUUUAUCUCCCCCCUUUGUGUCCUCAUGGAAAUUAAUCAUUUGCAUAUUAUUAUUAUUAUUAUUAUCACUGACACCUUUAUGGAGCGCACUUUGUAGAUAUUCCGAUGAAGGGAAAUAGUCGGCCUUAUUUAUACAUAUUUUUUCAACACGUGUUUUAUUUUCUUUAUAUUGCCCUUAUUAUUUAUUUGAACUUAAUUUAUUUUGGAGAAAAAAAAAAACAUAUUUCAUUUGUGAAAGUGUGCUUUAAAUGUGUCUGUGUAAGCGACAGAAGCUGAAAUAAACCGUGCACG